AUGGCAACAUUCCUCCCCCUCAUAACAGAGGAGAAUCCAACUCUCUUUCAAGCCCUCGAUCGCAUUGGUCCAAUCAUCUUAGACGCACAACAAUCUGUCCCUCUCCCUCAUCCACCGCAGCAUUCAUAUCUCUUUGUCAAGCCUGGCACUCCUGUCGAUGUCGAUGCUCUUGCUUCUUGGUUAGACGAAGGUAUCGAGAAAGUCAUUCUUCCUCUCUCGUGGGCGAAGGAAUGCAUUGGCUCCAUACCCUCCGAACGACUCAUCCUCCUCCUCGAAAUCUCUGGCGUUAGCGCCGUCUCCGAGAAUGUCAGGAACGGUGUUUCAGGCCUUCUUCUUAAGACCCCUUCUCUCGAUGUCAAUUUCAUCUCUUCGAUAUCAAAAUUCUUCGCGGGUUCUGCCAUCUAUGUCCUAUCCACCGUUGAUUCAUCCCCAACCCCUUCAAACAUCCGCGAAUUGAAGAGCAUCGGCGCAACCCUCGUUAUUCCCGAUUUACAACUCAGCCUUGGACCGACUUCCGACGCCAAAAUAAAUAUUGGAGAUGCCUUCCUAGCUCCCGUGAUUUCUGACCGCUCGGAUGGUCUCUUCCCAACCGUCGUAUCGUCUCAAACAGGACAGAGCCUCGGUCUCGUAUAUUCUUCAAGACAGUCUGUGAAGGAGAGCAUUGCCAGUGGCAAGGGGGUGUACCAAUCUCGAAAACACGGCCUUUGGAGGAAAGGCGAAACGUCAGGUGCGACACAGGAUGUCCUUCGCAUUCGCCUAGAUUGCGAUUCCGAUAGCCUGGAAUUCCGCGUUAUCCAGCACGGUGCCGGUUUCUGUCACCUCAACAGACAGUCAUGCUUCAGUGAAAUAAGCGGCCUCCCAGCGCUCGAGAGUACCCUGAAAUCAAGGUUAGCGUCUGCCCCAGAAGGAUCAUACACGAAGCGCCUGUUCAGCGACCCCGAGCUACUGAAGUCCAAAAUCAUGGAAGAGGCCGACGAGCUGUGUCAGGCCACUACCAAGGAGGACGUCGCCUUCGAAGCCGCAGACCUUUUCUAUUUUGCGCUUACUAAGUGUAUCGCGUCAGGAGUCAGAGUCGUGGACAUUGAGAAGGCACUGGACAAGAAGGCGAAGAGGGUCACCCGCAGGCCUGGUAACGCCAAAUCACAAUGGACGAAGCCUACCACUGCAACUCCACCACCUACAUCUGCCCCUCCAGUGGAGAAGAAAGUUGCCAAGGACGGACCCAUCCGCAUGCGGACCUCCGACCUAUCCACAACCACUCCAGAGGAGCGCGCACAGCUCCUUCGGCGACCUGUCUUACGCUCAGAUGAGAUGAUUACGAAAGUCAAGCCCAUCGUCGACGCCGUCCGGCAGCGAGGGGAUGCUGCCCUGCUCGAGUUCACCGCCAAGUUCGACCGCGCGCAGCUCGCCUCCACCGUCGUCUUCCCGCCAUUCGCCCCAGAGACGAUGCGUAUCGACCCCGAGGUCCAGAAGGCGAUCGACGUCGCGUACGCGAAUAUUUACAAGUUCCACGCGGCGCAGACAACUGGAGAGGCGCUCGUUGUUGAGACGAUGCCAGGCGUUGUGUGUUCGCGCUUUGCACGUCCGAUCGCGAGGGUGGGGUUGUAUGUGCCUGGCGGCACGGCGAUCCUACCCUCGACGGCGCUGAUGCUCGGCAUUCCGGCCCAGGUUGCGGGGUGCAAGGAGAUCGUCCUUGCGACACCCCCAAGGGCCGAUGGGAGCAUUUCGCCCGAGGUGAUGUAUGUCGCGCACCUCGUCGGCGCGUCGGCGAUCCUGAAGGCGGGUGGUGCGCAGGCCGUCGCUGCAAUGGCCUACGGCACUGAAACCGUUCCAAAGGUCGAUAAAAUCUUCGGUCCGGGAAAUCAAUGGGUUACAGCUGCGAAGAUGUUGGUUCAAAACGAUACCGACGCCCUGGUGUCCAUCGACAUGCCUGCUGGUCCUUCAGAAGUACUUGUCAUCGCCGAUCACACCGCCAAUCCUGCCUUUGUAGCAGCCGACCUCCUCUCUCAAGCCGAGCACGGUGUCGACUCUCAAGUCGUGCUCGUCGCAGUCGCCCUGACGCCAGAGCACCUAGGCGCAAUCGAGAAGGAAGUCGACGAUCAGGCGAAUGCACUUUCACGGGUGGAAAUUGUACGCGAGUCUAUCUCAAAGAGUAUCAUCGUCAAAGUGGCAACUGUGGAGGACGCCAUUGCGUUUUCGAACGACUACGCCCCCGAGCACUUGAUAUUACACUUGGAGAACGCCAGUCAGAAGGUGCCAUCUGUCGAGAAUGCUGGCAGUGUCUUCGUUGGACCCUACACUCCAGAAAGCUGUGGCGACUACGCAUCUGGUACAAACCAUACCCUUCCAACGAACGGUUAUGCAAGACAAUUCAGCGGAGUCAACACACUAUCGUUCCAAAAGCACAUCACGUCCCAGGAAAUUACAGCUGCAGGUCUUGGAGGUCUUGGACCCGUCGUCGCCACACUGGCAGACUGCGAAGGCUUGCAAGCUCACGCCAACGCUGUCCGAAUUCGCCUACGCGACACAUCGAAACAAUAG